UCACCAUCAAACCCCGCACGCCUCUCGCUUCCAGAACACAGUCCCACAUGAAUUAGACUAAGUUCAUUAACUACUUUGCUGCUAGAUACUAGGUUAGCAGUCGUUUGCUAGGCGAUGUGUUGCCGACCUCUGUGGCAGCUAAGGGUUAAUCCCACGACAGCCACUCCUGUUGUUUAUGUUGGUGCGAAGCCCGUCCCCUCUCCGCCUCCAUGUUGGGAAGGUCACGGCACAAUCUAGGGGAAGGGAGAGGAAAAGGGGCGGGGAAGUUGAGACUGGGCUGAGAGGAAAAGGAAAGCCUGUCAAACCGCCCCCUCCUGAGGGAAAACAGGGUCUCGCCGAGGAACCGUUAAUCCCCGGGAGAGCCAGCCCAGCGUCCCGGGAGCGACCCCCCCCCCCUCCCUAGCGUGUGUUUUGUGACCGACCCGUAACCUGAACGUCUCCCGUCAUCCUAAACCAGUCCGCCAUUAAUCCCGCUGUCAGGGGGAUCCCUCUCCUGUGCCGCCUUCCCGGACCCCGCCUGGACUUCAUGCUGAGAAAGCGAAGGAAAAUCCAGGGAGCCGACCCGGCCUCGGGGAUCCUGAGCGACUUGGCCGCCGGGUAACCCGAGCCUCCUGCCUAUCUGACUGCGGAUUAUAUUGACAGGAGGAGAAUUCUACCCGUUUCCAUGGACAACACGUCCAUCAUCACCCAGGUCACUAACCCCAAGGAGGAGGGGAUCCUGUCCUGUGCCCAGGAGAAGGUUUCCCAUUGUAAUAUCAGCUUGAAAAAGCAGCGGAACCGGAGCAUCUUCAGUUCGUUAUUCUGCUGUUUUCGAAGUUAUAAUGUUGAGCCACCAACCUCCAAUAACAACUCCAGUCCCCUUCCUCCUCUUGUGGAAGAAAAUGGGGGCAUACAGAAGGGCGAUCAGGCGCAAAUCAUUCCCAUAUCAAGUCCACCUACAAAAUACCUCCUUCCAGAACUGAACGUAUCUGAUUAUGGAAAAAAAUGCGUGGUCAUUGACCUGGAUGAAACUUUAGUCCACAGUUCAUUUAAGCCUAUUAACAAUGCUGAUUUCAUUGUCCCUGUUGAAAUUGAUGGAACAAUACAUCAGGUCUAUGUGCUGAAAAGACCACACGUAGAUGAGUUUCUUCAGAAGAUGGGCGAGCUCUUUGAAUGUGUCCUUUUUACAGCCAGUUUAGCAAAAUACGCUGAUCCAGUGGCAGAUUUGCUAGAUCGUUGGGGAGUAUUCAAGGCAAGACUCUUCAGAGAAUCCUGUGUAUUCCACCGAGGGAAUUAUGUGAAAGAUCUAAGUCGUCUCGGAAGAGAGUUGAAUAAAGUAAUUAUCGUGGAUCAACUCCCCAGCUCAUAUAUAUUCCAUCCUGAGAAUGCAGUUCCGGUACAAUCUUGGUUUGAUGACAUGACUGAUACAGAACUGAUGGAUCUAAUUCCCUUCUUUGAAGGACUUAGCAAAGAAGAAAAUGUUUACAACAUGCUCCACAAACUUUGCAACAGGUAGCCAUGGUGCUGCUUCCUUCCAUCAGUGCACAUCUAAGAACUGCGGACUGAGCUUUAUCAGUUAAACUUUGCUACUAUAUCAUGACACCUAUGAUACAAAGCAAAAUGUUCUGGUGAAGACAUACAUUGUAUACAGGAAACUCUGCUCUUGUUCUUCCAGGGGUUUGAGUGAUGCCAUUUUUAGCUCAAGUUAAACCUUUGUUGCUGAAGAGCCAAGCAACCAAUUGAAUCAUGUUUUGCAGCUUCACAGCAUUUCAGAACAAUGAAGAACUAAACUAGAUAUUUUUAAAGAACUGUUUUCACAAAUUUUCAUAAAAUUGAACUUUUCAGGCUUUUUAUAAAGAAAAACACACCAAAUAAAAAAAACUAUAGAUAUAUAAUCAACAAAGUAUAAAUAAAACUGCUUGAUGCUGGCAGCAUUUGUAGUUUGCCCUUCUAGGUUGCCCCUACACUAUGCAGACCGUUUCCCCUUUGCUUAGAGCAGUUGAUCUGACUCUGAUAUUUUUUCCUACGGAUAAAGUGCCUUUACCAGUGUUGAUUUUAAGAAAGAAUUACAUUUUCUACUUUCCAGGCGUGAGGUUUUUAACGUCUUGAUGCUUUAAAUGGAACAAAACUUUCUAAAGCCCUUUUUACAGGGAGGAAAAAAACUGGGGUUAUAGAUGCAGGUUGCAAAUUUUCCAUUUUUCAGUUGUGUUAAGUUUUAGGAAUUUCAAAUAUCCAAAUGUACUUAUUAUACAGUUUGAGACAAUAUGCUUUCUCUAUUUACUGAUUAUUAUUUAUGUACAAUUCCCUUUAGACAUAGCAUUUGGUAAAUAAAAUUAAAUUUUUUUUUUCUCUCCAUAAAACAAAAUAAAUGAAAAACACGCAAGCUUUUGGAUCUUUGUGGUGGCGUUAAGGUCACUGUAGCAUCAACUUAACAGAUCAUUUAUAUUCUCUUCAUACGCACAACUCGAUUCUUUUAAAGGACGUUGUAGGAAUAUUAAGUAGUAUUGAAUAAUGUUCUACGGGAAGAAUGGGAAAAAAAAAAAAAAGAUCUAUUUAUUUAUAAAGAGUUUCAUUUUACUAUUGAAACUAUGCUGGAUGCAUUGAGUUGUUUGUAUAAGGUUUUAUUUUUUUAACUGCUGCUACUGUCCAGUCGCCAAAUAUGUUGACCACCGGCUGUCAAACUGUUCUCUGCCACUGUGCCUAUGCUUUGAAUAUAUUCACUAUUUGCUGCAGACUCCGGCAGUACAUAGAGAUGAUAUAUAACAACUGUUAUCACUCUAUGAAUUGUAUACCUUUUUCUAAUUGUUUUUAAGGUAUGUGUAUUUAGCCUCAGGAAUACACUUUAUUUUUUUUUGUAGAGGUUUUACUGCCCGGAGGGCAAAAAUUCAUUUUUUUUUUCUCCCACGAUGAAAAUGUCAAUAGUAAAAAAAUUUUUUAUAAUAAUCUUCAUUUGGAACCAUGUUUUUGAUCCCCCAUAGGCACAUCAUAUAAUUUCACAUUUUAUGAACCAGUGUUUGUUUUUGCUCAUUAAUUGAGUUGCCCUUAAUAUCAAUUAAUGCUGAAUCAACUGUAGUUUUUCCCCAUACGUUGUAAUUUUUAGUAAAAAAUAAAUUAAUAUAUAUGGUAAGUUUGAUGGAAUUUAUUGUAAUUGUCCCCCAAUGUACUGUUCUCGGUUUACAGCGUUUUAUCAGUGAAGUCUUGUAAACCGUAUCAUGGCAUUUGUAAUAAAUACCUGAUGGUGCAUACAUCUUAACAAA